CGGUGUCGUCAGUAUUUUGGUGAGCGGCGAGUGUGUGCCAUGAGUGGGCCAGGUCACCCGCGACCUGACCUGAGCUGACCAGUGCGUGAGCGAGCCAGCGACCGCCACAAUGGAUCCAGGCAUCCGUGCGCGCGGUCACUGGUGGGGGCCUCGACCCCUGCACUGGCGGGGGCGGCAGGUGUACACGUGUUUGAUAAUUUUGACCCUUUUGAGCGGGUCGUUUGUGCAGUGCUGCGGACCGGGCCGCGGAGGGGGUCGCCGCCGAUCCCCGCGGAAACUGCGGCCGCUCGUGUUCAAGCAACACGUUCCCAACGUGUCGGAGAAGACACUCGGUGCUUCCGGUCUAACGGAGGGCGCCAUCACGCGGGACGACCCCAGGUUUCAAGACCUUGUCCCCAACUACAAUUCUGACAUCAUCUUCAAGGACGAGGAGGGCACUGGCGCCGACAGAGUCAUGACACAGCGGUGCAAGGAGAAGCUGAACACCCUGGCCAUCAGCGUGAUGAACCAAUGGCCCGGCGUGAGGCUUCGGGUCACAGAGGCUUGGGAUGAGGACCUGCUCCACUCUCCACAGAGUCUGCACUACGAGGGACGCGCCGUCGAUAUCACCACCUCAGAUAAGGACCGCUCCAAGUACGGCAUGUUGGCACGGCUGGCACGGGAGGCGGGCUUCGACUGGGUGUACUAUGAGUCAAGGUCCCACGUGCACUGCUCCGUUAAGUCAGAGAAGUCAGCAGGCAGCAAGCUGGGCGGAUGCUUCCCUGGCAGAGGACAGGUGGUGACUCCGCAGGGCCUGGUGCCUCUGGAGGCGGUGCGGGCUGGGGACCUGGUGCAGGUGAUGCGGGAGGACGGCUCCCUGGGCUUUAGCCCCGUGCUGAUGUUCCUGCACCGCGAUCCCCGCGUAUCCCGCUCCUUCCUGCGGCUCAGCACGGCCAGUGGCACCACGCUCACCCUCACAUCCUCGCACCUCAUCUUCCUGCUGGAAGGUGGCCUGGCUCCCUCGGCCACGCCCACAGUGGAGGACGCAUUGCAGCAUGGCGGCGUGGUGCUGGCGGGCCGCCUGGAGUCUGGGGACUUUCUACUGGUGGCUGGCGAGGGCGGCGUGAAGCUGGAGAAGCUGGUCAGCGUGAGCCACCACGUGGGCGCGGGGGUAUUCGCGCCCCUCACGGCAGAGGGCACGGUGGUGGUAGACGGCGUGGUGGCCUCCUGCUACGCGGUCAUCGACUCCCAGGCCAUCGCGCACUGGGCCUUCCUACCCGUGCGCCUGUACAUCAACCUGCGGGAGGCGGUGCUGACGCUGCUGCGGUCUGUAGGAGGCCUGGCCCCACCCACUAAGGCUCACACUCCAGUGUACAGCACCACCAACACCACAAAGGACAGCGUGAGGUGGCGGGAGGAGGAGGUCACCGCCAACAGCUUGAAGGAGGGCGACGCGGUGCACAUCCACUGGUACCCCCGCAUGUUGUACACCUUGGCCUCCUGGCUGCUGCCCUCACACCUAGUGUACUCCUAGUGGACACGCCCGCCGCCCACCACACACACGAGUCAUCAUGCGUUAUUCCCACGGAUGUGACACCACAACUCGGCCGCAACGAGAGAGAGAGAGAGAGAGAGAGAGAGAGAGAGAGAGAGAGAGAGAGAGAGAGAGAGAGAGAGAGAGAGAGAGAGAGAGAGAGAGA